GUUUUCAUGAUGGCGGCUUUUACCAAACUUUCGAAGAAAAUAAUGCUGUUUUAUGAUACAUGGACCAUUUUUGAUUAAAGUGAAAUACAGGAUACGCCAAGAUGAUGAUGAGCACUUGUCUCAGAACAAAGCAGCCAUUAUUUACUCAAAAUUCUGGCAAAGCUAAUUACAAUGGAAUUGAAGUAGUGCCUGGAGUGGUGUGGCAAGGUUGGGAACCUGGUCGAGAAUAUACUAAAAAUAUUACUCUGAAGAAUGUCAAAGUGAAAACACAAAAGCUAAAGUACAGUGCGCCAUCUACCAGAUUCUUUUCCACAUUGUAUCCCAAACCUAUUGUUCUCAGUGCAGGAACCAGUUUUACAUUGCCUGUUACAUUUAGACCUUUGGAGAAAAAUGAAUAUGAAGAUAAAAUUGAAUUUGAGUGCACUGAGGGGAACUUUGAAGUCCCUAUCAAGGCUGUUCUGCCUAAGUUUGAGAUUGCUUUGCCAGAACUGCUUAAUUUUCAGAUGUGUGCAGUGGAAGAUCAAAUACAACUUACUUUUGAGCUAAAAAACACAAGUGAGCUAUUUACACCAUUCCAAUGGGAAGUUGAAGAUCCUUUCAUCAUUGAACCAAGUGAGGGAGCUUUAGAACCCUUUACUUCUUGUGUCUUGACAGCCACAUUUAAACCAAAGGGUGCCUCAGUGUAUGUGGCUGAAGCUGUUUGCAAAUAUGGUGCAGAGUUUACGGAGGCUCAAGGUUUAAAACUGAAUGGCAUAGGGAAAUAUCCCCAUUUGUUAGUAUCCAGUGUUGGUAAACCAGUUGAAGAGCUGAACAGAGAUGACAAAGAGGCUGUGGCACAUUUUGGGGAGAUCCCAGUGGGCAAAAGCGUGGAGAAAUUUGUGGAGCUGCAUAACUUGUCACCCGUAAAUGCUCCAUUCUCAGUACAGCAGCCUGCCAGCAGUAUUUCCAGGAUAGACUGUGUCUACAGGUGUCCCCAGAAAAAUGGAAUUGUCCCACCAAUGAGUUCUGUGAGAAUUCCAAUCUACUUCUGCCCUAACACAGUGGGAACAACAAGUAUAGACUACUUCCAUGUCUCUGCCAUUGGCAAUGUCAGCAAGACUGUCAUUAAGUGUGUGGGUUCUUCUAGAGGUCCAGCAGUUGAGCUGAGUACAAGUGUGAUCAACUUUCUGCAAAUAGAUAUUGGGGAUACGUCCACCAGGUCACUUGAGAUCAGGAACAAGUCUGACAUAGAAGCCACCUUCCAGUUCAUGCUUGACUGCAAUGAGAGUGUCUUCAAACUGGACAAGGUAUGCGGUACACUGAAGCCAGACUCUUACACAAAAAUAGUAUUGAAGUUUCAGCCCUCACACCCAAUAAAUUACUACAGGAGAGUUGUCUGUCUGGUUCAAAAUCAGGGUCCUUUGUUCUUGGAUCUUUUGGGCACAUGUCAUUCUGAGACAAUGAAACCAGCUGUAUUACAGUGUAAACAUGUGGAGAGACUGAGGGUUCAUACCCAGAGAGGAUUGUCAUUUUUUCCACCUGAGCAAUUAAAUGAAUUGUUGAAGGCAGGCAAACUUGAAAAGGACCAGUCAGGAGCACUCAUGGCUCGUCAGUCAGAGGCUAUUGAUCCUGUGAAUUAUCCAGUCCCACGCAUUCCACCCAUGGAUGAAUUCUUCAAUGAUGGAUACUACUCAGACAUCGUGCACACUGUCCCCCAUGCCAGCACAGACAUGCAUAUUGCUGACUUUGGGAACAUCACCAACUGGAGAGUGACUGAGCAAAAAAGUUUCAAUAUUACCAAUCACACAAAAGGCAAGGUGACAGUGCAAUGGAUGGGAGGGGAAGACCAUGUGUUUUCUGUUGUACCAUCUUCCAUGGAUAUCCCUCCAUUAAAAGCUUGCUCCUUCAGGGUUAAUUUCAAACCAAAUGCUCCAAAUCAGUUUUAUGGGGCUGAGCUGGAGUGUUAUGUGUACUACAAGAGUAUGCGUGACUACAGGUUGGUGGAGGACACCACUCACUGUCCACCCUGGUGUAUUACACUCCAGACCACAGGACACACCUUUAUGCCAAACAAUGAAACUUUCCUACCAAGAGUCACUUUGGACACAGAAAAACUUGUUUUCCCUGCAGUGAAUACUAAUGAAGCAACUUACAGGACUCUCCUGCUGUCUAAUGUUGGGACUACCCCUGUAUUAUUUGACUUUGAGAAAGACAAGUCAGAUGUCUAUUCUAUGAAGCCAACCAAGGGUUUGUUGACCACAGAACACCAAAUGUUUGUUGUCAGAAUGCUCCCCAAGGAGGUGAAAACUUACAAACAAGAACUCAAACUAUGCUUGAAUGAUGCAGAGAAAAAUACCAAGCAAAUAUUGGCCUGGGGGUCUGCAGAAUCCCCCAACAUUUUACUGGAUAAUGGAGGAGUGGUUUACUUUAAACCCACCUGCAUUGGGACUGCCUCUCAUGUCCAGUACACAGUGAAAAACAUCUCAAGGAUUCCACUCAGGUUUGAGUGGAAGCUGAAGCACUGUGAUGCCAAGGUCCUGUCAGUGACACCAGAGGAAGGGUUGAUACUACCCAAUGAAUCACAGGUUCACACCUGGUCCUUUACUCCUCUUGAAAAGGGGAAGUAUGUGUGCAAGCCCAGCCUGAUAGCUUGGGGACAGGGACAGAGUGCUGCUUCCUCUGGGGGCAAGAAGAAACAGUUCUUGGUUCGAGCCAUUGGUCAGGGUGCAGUGGGAGAAAUCAAGUCUGAAGACUCGUACUAUGACUUUGGGAAUGUAAUAGUAGGCAGCUCUGCCUCUCAGUACAUAGUGCUGUGGAACAAAGGAGACUGUGCCUUGCAUUUCAAGCUGCAGAUAGAGCAGACAAUCAGUGGGCCAUACCCUGAGGAACUGACUAGGCAGGAUGACAUAGUGCUGGAGCUGGAGGAAAUGAGUGGUGUCCUCCCAGCACGGUCCAAGAAAAGAAUCUUAGCCACUGUCCGCCCAGUGAGGAGGGUUUGCUACCAGUUCUCCAUAUCCUACCAGCUGGUCACUCCUGAAGAUGAGUCUGUGAAUCCAGUAGCUGCAGAUACCCACUACAUCAGUCAUGUGUUAGCCACAGGUGUCUACCCCACAAUGGCUGUCACUGAUGCCAGGUGUUAUGGCAGCGCACUUGGCAUCAGUAAAAAACAACUAUGGAAUUUGUUUUCUUUGGACAAUUUAAACAUGUGUGUGGACUCGGAUCCAUCUGCAGCAGAGUUGAUGUACUCUGUGGCUACAAGGCACAGCCACAGACGUCGUCCUCCUGUGUACACGAGAGCCAUCUUGGACUUCAACUUCAGUGCAGCACCCGUGAACAGUGAACCCUGUACAAUCAGCCUGAUGGUGGAGAACACUGGAGCUGUCCCUACUGAAUGGGCAUUCCUGUUUCCUUGUGACUUGCAACUGGAACUGGAAUACUGGGCAGAGACAGGAGAAUUUGAUGAAGAUGAACUGCACGAGAUGAAAGUGAUGGACAAUAAACUGUUUGAUGUGGUGCCCAGGAAAGGCAAACUUCAACCAGGAGAAACACAGACUAUAACCCUCAGCUAUAACCACACUCUUCCGGGCACUGACAGACUACCAGUACUGCUCAAACUGGCUAGAGGAAGAGAAAUCCUGCUGAAUUUCAUUGGGGUAACAGUAGAACCAGAGAGAAGAUACAUCCACUUCCCCAGCAAUAAGCACAUGUUUACCCCAGUACCUGUAGGAGAGAAGAAUAGCCCCAAGCAGAUCUAUGAGUUGUAUAAUGGAGGAGCUGUGCCUGUGAAGUUUGAGUUUGAUCUGUUACCUCUGGAAAUACUGAAACAGGAGAACUUUGACCAUCCAGUGUUUGAGUGUCUGAACCCACAAGGAGAGAUCUUGCCAGGCAGGACUGCUUACAUUGAGUGGAGGUUCUCUCCCUUGGAAGCCAAGACUUACAUGGUUGAUGUUCCAAUCCUUGUCCACAAUGGAGACAGUGCCCUGAUCACAUUCACUGGGGUGGGCUAUGACCGGCGUGUGAUGGGGGAUACCAUGCCCAUUACUGACCAGCAUGACCUGUCAGGUGUCCCUGCUGUACAGAGCGUACCUGUGCCUGGACAGCUCCUGUACCUAAACCAAGAAAGAAUCAGCAUGGGCAACCUGCCACUGUUCAGCCAGUCCAGACAGAUGGUCAACUUGACCAACAAGUCUCUGGACCAUGUGGUAUCCUAUGAGUGGCAUGUCACCAUUCCUGGAGACAGUCAGAUAUUGAGCAUACAGCCGGCCAAGGGCACGUUACAGCCAGGCCAGUCACACAUGUGUAAGGUCACUUUCACAGCAUGUGGAACACCCUCCUUUUAUGACCUUGACCUGGUGUGUGAGGUUACUGAUGAGACAGAGAUGGCAGUCUACAGGAAAAAGAUGAAGGAAUGGGAUGAAGAGAAAUACCGCCAGAUGUACGAGUUUACCAUCACAGAGAAAGACCUCACCACGGAUCACACUGUGCUGAAUGUGGAGGAGAGGCCUCCAAGUGGCAGACUUAAGGCUCUCAAUGGAAACAGGGUGGAGUCCGAGGCUGACCUCAUCAAAUAUUCUACUCUACCCCCUAUCAAACACAGCUCUGCUGACCUCGAGCGAGAAAGACAACAACUAGUUGGGAAGCUUCAUGAUCAGUUCUGGCAGAAACCAUCCCCACCAGAGCCUUUCCUGAUCCACCUGGGAGUGACAGCCAGGACCCAUAACAUUGAUGACUUCCAGGUCAACUUUCCAGAUUUGCUCAAGAGCACAUUUGUGGACAGGACCCUUGGUGACAAACUCCAGAAGGAGGUAGAGAAGAGGACAGAGGAGAUUAAGGAGAAACAAGAACCUGUGGAGUGCUCAGACAUAGAGGCUGACAUUGUAACUGGAGUAGUUAGCAAUGUAUUGAGAGGUCUACUGGAUGAUGUAGACUUCCAUGAAGCAGUGAAAAAGAUAUCAGAUGAGCCGAUCCCAUACUUCACUCAACUUGGUGAAGGUAGGCCAAAGACUGUAACUGUCCCGUCCACUCGUGCUCCUACCACUGCUCCUGGUGAUCGUCCUCCCACCCCAGCUAGGACAGGCUAUGUACCAUCACCGUCACCAUCAGACCACUCAACCGAGGGUCUGGGCGAGCAGGUUGAAGUGGCAUCAGUGGCGUCAUCUGUCCCCGAACACCACCGGCGCACACAGGAUGAGGUGGAGAAGAGCCUUCAGGAGGAGAAACGACUGAAGGAGAGAGAAGCAUUGCAGAGAUUACCAGAAUUCAGCUCAACUCUGGAACAUCUGCUUGAAAACACCUUAACAAACAUUGUAAAUGAGGCCUUCAAUAGGGAAUACAACAUCACCACCAGGCCCAGGCUGAUAGCACUCCCUCCCAAACCCAGCACCCCACAGGGGGCUAAACAUCAGAAAUAAGCACAGCAUGGAUCUCUGGUGGAUAUAAACUGGUACAGAUAUCUCUCCCGGAACUUCAAGGUCUGGAAGGCCAAUCCUAGGAAUAAGUAAUGUAUAGAUAUGACACUGAAGAUCUAGUGUACUGGCAAGACUAUGUGUAAAAUACUGUCAAAAAUAGCUGAGGUGGAAUUAUCUGAAACACGAUGACACCGUCCAGUGCCAUUUGCUCCAGUGUGAGACAUUUGUAUAUAUACAUAGUAGUUGUGAUAUAAAUAUUGAUUGUAUAACAUACUGAAGAUAUGUGCACUGUGAAGUGGUUAUCUUAAAGAUUGAACUCUUUUUGUUUUGCUUUUUUAUUUAAAGGUUUUGUUCCUUUAUGAUUCAAACAUAA